AUGGAAGCUGCCAUUCGAGAUGCUCCCUUCGGGCAGCUGGUCCGCUACCUGACCAAGAACAAGUACUUCAAGUACCCCGAAGAACAACCGGACUUCCACCUCCCAGACGCCUGGCUUCACUUGUUGAAUGAAUCCAGUGCAAGCACCAUCGGAGACGAAAAGGUGUCCCCCCAGGACACCAAGGAAAGCAGCGAGCCAUUGAGUCGAACCUCCACGCAAACCUCUCUGACCGCCACCGAUAUCCGUCUCCAGCUCGAGGAACAACAUGAGAUCGAGAAAACAAAGUCAAUCCCCAUCACCCCCAAGAAGACUAAGGAUGGUGCUAUCCUAGUCGAUUGGUACUAUACAGAUGACUCGGAGAACCCUCACAAUUGGACCAAUCGAAAGCGGGCUCUCAUUGCCACGAUCAUCUGUUUAUACACCUUUGUUGUAUACACCACUUCUGCCAUCUAUACAUCCUCCCUCGAGGGUGUGAUGAAAGAGUUUGGUGUAGAUACCCUGGUUGCAACAUUGGGCCUGUCGCUUUAUGUUCUUGGAUAUGGAAUUGGCCCCUUGGUCUUCUCGCCACUGAGUGAGAUCCCUGUCAUUGGCCGCAACCCGGUAUACAUCAUCACAAUGUUCCUCUUCGUCAUCAUCUCUAUCCCAACAGCCUUGGUGAAGAACUUCGCCGGCCUGCUGGUCCUUCGAUUCCUGCAGGGUUUCUUCGGCUCGCCAUGCUUGGCUUCGGGAGGUGCUUCCAUCCAAGACAUGUAUAGUCUGAUGUCUCUUCCAUACGCUAUGAUGGCUUGGGUUUCUGCUGCUUACUGUGGACCUGCCCUUGGACCCCUUCUCAGCGGUUUCGCCGUCCCAGUCAAAGGAUGGCGCUGGUCCCUCUACGAAUCCAUCUGGGCUUCCGCCCCAGUCCUCAUCCUGAUGUUCGUGUUCCUCCCGGAAACCAGCACGGCCACGAUCCUGCUCAGACGCGCCGCCCGCCUGCGCAAGAUCCACAAUAACAGCCGCUUCAUGUCUCAGUCUGAAAUCGACCAGAAGAACAUGCGUGUCUCGGCUAUUGCCGUCGAUGCUCUGAUCAAGCCUUUGGAAAUCACGAUUAAGGAUCCCGCCGUGCUCUUCGUCCAAAUCUAUACGGCCAUCAUUUACGGUAUCUACUACUCCUUCUUCGAGGUCUUCCCCCUCGUCUACCCAGUCGACUACGGCAUGAACCUUGGCCAAAUUGGUCUUGUCUUCCUGUGUAUCAUGGUUUCCUGCAUUGUCGGAAUCGCAUUAUACGUCGCAUACAUCCACUACUGGAUGAAUCCUCGCAUUCGACGCUACGGAUUCGGAGCUCAAGAGUCACGUCUUCUUCCUGCUCUGCCUGCUUCUUUCGGUCCGACGAUUGGUCUCUUCCUUUUCGCUUGGACUGCUCGGUCCUCUAUUCACUGGAUUGCACCUACCAUCGGUAUCACCAUUUACGGUGCCACGGUCUUCAUCGUCAUGCAAUGUAUCUUCGUUUACAUCCCGCUUAGCUAUCCCCAGUAUGCGGCUAGCUUGUUCGCCGCGAAUGAUUUCUUCCGCAGUGCUCUUGCUUGUGGAAGUGUGUUGUUCGCGCAUCCGCUGUUUGGCAAUCUGGGUGUGGCUAGGGGUGUCAGUCUCCUUGGUGGUUUGAGUGUUAUUGGUAUCAUUGGUAUUUGGCUGCUUUUCUUCUUUGGUAGCAAACUUCGCGCUCUUAGCAAGUUCGCUAUUUCGGAAGAGGACAGCGAUUGA